AUGAAAGUCACUGUGUUUUUACUUUUGAGUCUUUUUGGACUGAACUUCUGUGUCUAUAGAAUCCACUAUAUUGUGAAAGAAAAAAUGACUUGGAACGAUGCACAGAAGUACUGCAGAGAGCGCUAUGACGACCUUUCCACUAUCAAUAAAGAAGAGGCAGAAAUGCUCUCCAUUUAUACAGACUCUGUGUAUCAUCUUAACUGGGUUGGACUAUACAGAACUUCUAACAACUCAGAAAAAUGGAUUUGGUCUGGAGGUGAGAUGGAACCAAUUGACAACUGGGAUAGCAAUCAACCAAAUUAUGAUUCUGAAAACUGUGGCGCACUAAAACAAUCCAAUUCUAAACUGCACGAUAUUACAUGCUCUGAGACACUAUCUUUUUACUGCAUGGAGGUCUUCGCCCCAGUUUUGGUGCAUCAGAAUAAGACGUGGGAUGAAGCCCUGGACUAUUGCAGAAAAAAGUACACUGGUCUGGCAAGUCUAAGUUCUGAGGCAAUUGUGGAAGAGGUGAUAAAUGAGACCAUAACAUCCCAGACAGCUUAUGUGUGGAUUGGUUUGCGCUUUAUGGCUGGUCAUUGGUUCUGGGUCAAUGGAGAUGAUCUUCAAUAUAAAGCCUGGUUUGUGGAGGGAGAGAUCCAGUGUCCUGCUGGAAAUCUGCGCUGUGGAGCUCUGGAUAGAGAAGAGAAGCUCUGGAAACCCGCAGAUUGUGAGGAAAGACAUAAUUUUCUCUGCCUUAAGAAGCCAUAAAAGUGCUUAAAAUAUAUGUAUUCUAAUAUGUA